UCGGAUUUUUAGCUGCUCAUCUUCAUAGCUCUCAUGAGCUUUGCCUGUUCUGCGGCUCAAUAUGGAUUUUGGAACUUUUUGGGUGAACAGCAGCAGCAACAGCAGCAGCAGCAACAGGCUGGGUCGGGACAACAGCAGCAACAGCAGGUGGAGAAAUUUGAAAUAGACAGUCCGUUCGGUGGCGGCAUCGAAUUCAUCCAGGAGCAACAACAGCAGCAACAACAAUCAGCUGCCGGCGGUCAGCAGCAGCAGCAGCAGCAAACGGAGAACGAGCUGAUAAUAAAAGGACCCUUUGGCGGCGGCAUUGAGCUGGAUCUAGGACAACAGCAGCAGCAGCAGCAGCAGCAAAAUGGCGGUGGGCAACAACAACAACAGCAGCAGCAGCAGCAGCAGCAGCAGGAAAAUCUUUUUGAAUUUUUUGGAUGAAUUCCUAAUUCUUGCAAAGAGUGAAAUUAAUUAUGAGCCAGUAAUUCAAGGUCUCUAAAUGCCUUGUCAAUUAUUCAGAUGAGCUCUCAGAAAAUAGUACAAAUGAC